AUGAAUGACAAAAGAGAAACUGGGUAUGGAUUUGCCACUUACAGGCAAGUACCAACUUAUGAACUGGUUGUGUUCUCGAAAGUUCAACUGGCUACUGGAAGCAACGGCAGCACAAGCAGAAUGGAGGGAGACAGAAGUCGUUCGCCAACUGCUGGACAGGACCUUCGGAGAUCACAGGCCAGCGCUUACACCGAGGACGGCAAGUCGAUCAUCUUGCCCAAUACCACCCUGAGAUUUAGGAACAAAGAUUCGGUGGCAGGCUUUUGGGACACAGUAGGGCACAAGACAGAUAUGUCCCCUGCUUCAAGGUCAAUCAAAAAAAUCCUGCCUGGCCUGUAUAUUGGCAACUUCAAAGAUGCCAGAGAUGCAGAGCAGUUGAGCAGGAACAAGGUGACCCAUAUCCUAUCCGUCCAUGACAGUGCCAGACCCAUGUUAGAGGGGGUUAAAUACCUGUGCAUUCCAGCAGCGGAUUCACCAUCUCAAAACCUGACAAGACAUUUCAAGGAGAGUAUUAAAUUCAUUCACGAGUGUCGCCUCCGGGGAGAGGGCUGUCUUGUCCACUGCCUGGCCGGUGUCUCCAGGAGUGUGACUCUGGUGAUUGCGUACAUCAUGACCGUCACGGACUUUGGCUGGGAGGAUGCCCUGCACACCGUGCGUGCAGGGCGGUCCUGUGCCAACCCCAACCUGGGCUUCCAGAGGCAGCUCCAGGAGUUUGAGAAGCAUGAAGUCCAUCAGUACCGGCAGUGGCUGAAGGAGGAGUAUGGAGAGAGCCCUUUGAGGGAUGCAGAAGAAGCCAGGAACAUUCUGGCCACCCCAGGAGUCCUGAAGUACUGGGCCUUUCUCAGAAGACUGUAAGGUCCCUGAAGCCUGAGAUAAAGCAAAGCCACGGAGUUUAGUCUGGUGCUGCCAAAAGAAAAGCAACCCAGAGUUUAUUUUAAGUGUCCAGAACUGAUUUGUGAGCUUGUCUGUUGUUUUAAACUGAGCACCUGUGUGAUCGUGUUGUUACCUGCUGAGCACCAAGGAUGCUCUGUAGCAAGAGGACAUGUUUCUGCCUUAAUUACGGUGACCUUAGUGCCUGUGUGGCAGCCUCGGGGUCCUGCCGCAAGGCCGCAGUUGCUGUUGUCAUCCUGACUGCUGCUCAUGGCAGCUGUGCCCCGUAAACGCUGCUCCAACCUCUCAGCUGGCAUACCUCUUGGUGUCUUAUCCUGGUUCGUGUUCUCCAUGGUGGCAUUUACCAACAGCUACACAUUUUUGUUAAUAAAAGGCAGCUUAGCCACAUUA